AUGACUGAAGUCUACUCGCCCACCACGGCUCCCAACCCCAAGGCGUCGUGCUGCCUGGUGCCCUCGGAGCACCUGGAGAAAACCCCGCUUCUUCUGAAGAUCGCUCAGGUGCUGUUGUCCUUCGUGGCCUUCGUCCUGGAGGAGUCGGUCUUCAUCUGCACCAGCUGCACGCCGCUCUACUUCUUCGAGUUUGUCAGCUGCACAGCCUUCCUCUUCACACUGCUGCUCCUCAUCCUCCUCUCCACCUCCCUGUACCAGAGGAUCGGCAUCACCUGUUGGCCACAGCUGGACUUUAUUUACACUGGCAUCAUCGCCGUUUUUCUCCUCAUCUCAUCUAUUGUCUUUGCUGCGGACAACACCGGCUCCAGUCUGGAAAGGGGAGCUGUGGCGUUCGGUUUCCUGGCCAUGGUGGCGUUUGCUGCUGACUUCCUUUACGUCCUGAAGGAACACGGCCAUCCCUUUAAGCGCGGCGCGCCGCCGCAGGAGGACAUGGAGAGCGCUGCGCCAGAGGGCGAGAAGCUAAACCCGCCGGUGAACGGAACAGAAUGAGAAGCGACUGUCAGCAGGUGGCGCUCUGCUCUGAAAACAUCCACACCUUUGCAUACUCCUUUUUUUAAAGAGACACUAAAUGCACCAAAAACCUCCAAAUGUGCUCCUUCGUGGUUUUUUUUUAUCCUGCAGGAAGCUGUCGCUGCUUCACUUCCUGUCUGAACUUACUAUCAGCAAACCUUUCAAAAUAAACUCAGAAUUCCUCUCUGUUGCAUAUAAAAAUGCUUUAUCCAGUUUCAGUCUGACACAAUAACUGAACCUUUCACAGUCUGACAGCCUCCAUGACUCAGCAUUUAUUCAAAGCAGCAAUGCUGAAUUAGCAUGGAUAAUAAAACGGCAGCAUCGAGCAGUGUGUGACGCUCAUCCUACAAAUGCUCAUUCCUUUCAGACGCCUUUUUACUGGGAAUAAAAGAUCGGGUAAAAUCUUUUAAAUGUUUUUAGCCUCUUUCAAACGUUUCAAAAAGAAACAAAAAUCUAAUCAUUAAAAAAAACAAAUGCUGCUGCAGAUUUAAAAAUAUUUUUUCAGCUUUUUUUGUGUGUAUAUUUUGCAGGGGACUCUUUUGUUGUUUGUACCUUGGCCUGUGGUCCAAUCAGAUUCUCCCGUCCGUGUCUCGUCCGCAUGUUUCGAUCUUUUUAUCCAAAAACUGCAAUACGCAGUUUGUUUUGCGUUUGAGUGACCAUCGUCACUCAGUUUGCUGUGUUUGAUGAAGGAAAUCAGGCUCAUAAAUCAGUUGAAUGAUGAUCUGUUGAUUAUCUGAAUGCUUUUAUUUUUAUCAUGACAUUUUUAAUUUCAUUAUUUCUGAUUUGUUUCAAUUCAGGGACCAAAAGUUUGAUUUCUUACUUCAUUCAAAGUUUUUUUUUUUUUUUAAGUUGUGGUUUUUAUCUCUUCUUCUCUUGUUCCGUGUCGUUUUGCUCCUCUGUGGUGGCUUUGUUUGUUUCAGUGGAUUAUUUUGCCUUUGUGCAGCACUUUUUUCUUUGGUUUUUGACAUUUAUGGAAUAAUUUUCUGUCUCUUCGGGCUCAAUUAGCAUCCGGUGGGGGUUAUUUUGCGUUACUUUGGCACCGUUGACACAACGUUUCAAUUGUGAAUGUGUCGUUUUUGCAUUUUUGUUUUCAGAAAGGUUUGGCGUUUAGACAGCAACAUUUUGAAAAUGAUGCCUGUUUAGACAAACAGCAGAAAACAGUGUAGUUUGGCUGUAGGGCUACUAGUGGGUGCUGUUUUUGUGUACUGAAACUAUCCAUGCACACAUUGAAGGUCCUUUAAACUGCCGGUUUUUUUCAUAAUUUUGGCUCAUUGAAGCUUUACCUGGUGUAAAUUUUAGCGUUUAUGCCCUGAAAAUGAAGCGGACUGCAAGUUAGAAAAUAAAUUUGACCUUUGAUGCUUUUCUUCCUGUGAUUCUCGGGCGGUUGAAAGGUCGUGUGAGUUUGUGUAAUUCCACUGUGGUUCACCAGGUGGCAGUAAUGUGUCAGAUUCUUCUUCUGUUGGUGGAGCAACUCACCACACCUCCUGCUGGUUCCCUGUGGGACUGCAGGACUCGGAGUUGUCUGUUACAAAAUUUUAGAUAAAAUAUGAAAUAUUACAAAUUGUACCUUUAUUAGACAACGUGGUCUCAUGUUUCAUCUUUUUCUGUUUUUUUUUUUUUUUAUUUUAAUUUUUUUUAUUGUCAAUUCCAAAGUGAAAAACUGAACUGUAACCUGACCAUCAUUUUGGAAAUGAAAAACAUUUUAUUACAGCCUCAUGACAAUCAUUAAAAAAAGCCUAUUGAUCACAGUUAACGCUGUUUUUAUACCAACAUGAUUCAUAUUCAGGACCAAAGUGUACUUAGGAGAAAAUCAUGUUUUUAUGUGAUAUUUAGAGACACGAUGUCCUCUACUUUGUAUCCCUGUGCCUUGAUGAAGCCUACACACACACACGCACACACAUACACACAACUUGUAUUCCAUCUGUUUCUGUCCUGAAAUAAACAGAAUUUUCAUUUUCA